AUGUCUGACAUCAUGACAGCGCUCCCAUCUGGUAUCGUAACCAGCAUAUUCAGCCGCCUGGAAUAUGUUAAGCUCGAAGCCGAAAAUAUCUUAGAGACACUUGAAAAGGACGAGGAAGAAAACGGCAACCAGUUCCUUGUUCUCCUUAAAAUAAGCCCCUAUAUCUCCGAGCGACUCUUCGAGGACCAUGAUUGCCUGAAGGGCGUGAACUACCGGUUUGAGUUUGAAGGUGAAGGUAGUGAAGAUGAAAGUUGGUCUACAACUGACUAG